AAAAGUCAAUCUACUGAAGCAAAAACACAAACACUAUGAGUGCUUAAAUGAGUGCACAAAAUCUAGAAUGGCAUGGCCUUCAAAUUCACCGCCGCCGCCGCGUGCCGCCGGAUUUUCAACUUCACCGUGAUCCCACUCAUUCUCCUCACCACCGUCCUCUUCUUUCUCCUCCUCCCUCGCACUACAAUUCCUAACCACCCCUCAAAACCCCAACUAUUUCCCCACAGAUCCUUGCUCACACCGACCCCCAAAUGCUCGCCCUCCAACACUACAGCGGCCGACGGCCUAUUCAACUACUCAUCUCUCAAUUCCUGCUUCUUCGGUGGGAAUCCAUUCCUCUCUGUCCCUUUCCUCCUCCUCAUUCUGCUCCUGCAGUUCUACAUCUUAGUGAAAACCGCCCAAGAUCGCUUCUCCGUGGUGGUGACCAAGCUCGCCGCCCACCUCAAGCUCUCUCCGUCGAUGGGCGCCGUGACACUGCUAGCUCUCGGCAAUGGCGCUCCCGAUGUGUUUGCGUCGGUGGCCGCUGUUAGAGGGGGGCAGCCUAGAACCGGGUUCGGUGCGAUCCUCUCUGCUGGGACAUUCGUCUCCGCUUUUGUCGUCGGCUUCGUUGCGCUCUAUGCGGCGCCGUUUGCAGUCGAUCCAGCACCUUUUAUUAGGGAUGUGAUGUUCUAUUUGACUGCCUCGUUUUUUCUCUUCUAUGUUUACUUGAGCGCUGAGAUCUUCUUGUGGCAGGCUGUUGGUUUUGUUGCUUUUUAUAUAUUUUUUGUUGGGAUUGUGUUUUCUAUGGAUUCGGGGUAUGGUCUUGCCGGAGAGAAGAGUAGGAGCUCACGGGAUGCUGGUGGAGAGUUGGGGUUGGUUGAGCAUCGUGAAAAUCAGGUGGUGGAUUGUGAAGUCGGGGAGUUGAUAGCUCCAUAUGAGGUCGAGAGGAGGACGAGUUUCGGGUUUUGGGAAGCCUAUGACAAGAUAUCAAGAAUAUGGGAAGUUCCAGUCUCAGUACUUCUAAAACUAACUGUUCCGGAAACUUCACCAUCCAAAUGGAGCCGAUUUUACCAAUCAGCCAACAUUGCUCUUUGUCCACUGGCCCUCCUAUACUCCUGCAAAUCAUUUAUGUCCUUAGACCAUCCCAUAAAAUUUCUUCUUUCAAACACCCAAUUUCCACUUUGGUUAGUGGUAUUCUGUGGAAGCAGCUCUUUAGCCAUCCUUCAUUACGUAGUAGAAAAAGAGCCACCCAAAAACGAGCGGAUCUCUUCCGUGGUUGUUGCAUUUGUCAUGAGCGUGUUUUGGAUAUCCACGGUGGCUGGUGAGUUACUGAACUGCCUUGCAGCACUUGGCAUGCUUCUGCAGUUGCCCUCUGCACUUCUGGGAUUGACUGUUCUGGCAUGGGGAAAUUCGAUUGGGGAUCUUGUUGCUGACGUGGCUGUUGCUAAAGCUGGGCAGCCAGCAAUGGCUAUGGCGGGGUGCUUUGCGGGGCCAAUGUUCAACAUGCUUUUUGGGCUGGGAACAGGUUUAGUGAUACAGACUGCAAAUAUUUCCCCAAAAGCGUAUAAGCUUCAUUUUCACACGAGUAUAGUGAUUGCAUUUGUGUUCUUGAUACUGAGCUUGAUGGGAUCUUUGUUGGUGGUAACGUGGAACCGAUUUCGAGUUCCUAGAUUCUGGGGAUUCUGCCUUGUUGGCCUUUACCUUAUUUUCAUGAUGGUAAGCCUACUCAUUGCAGCCUUCUCUUUCUAAAAUUUUGGGAAAAGAAUCAAUGGUUGCUUCAUGUAUAUGCUCGAGAUAAACAUGAAAAUGCCAGGAGUUGUAUUUUAGCUUA